AUGUACUACCGCAUCAAGGAGAAGAUCUGCAGGAAGUUUGAGUGCAACCUGCUCAUGGUCUGCUCAGAGCACAUCAUCCUGUGUCAGGUGAGACUUAUACCCAGUACAAAAUCAUACUAUAUCCCCUACUACCCCCAGACACACAUUUACACUAUGGUAGUAGAUGGUCAUAGUAUUUGUACAGUUAAAUAUAGCUGUUUUUAGACUAAAUACUUUGAUUAAUAACUAUUUUCUAGGGAUUUGCUUUUGGCUUCAGGCUUUUCUCAAACACUUGGUGACAAACAACUCCCUAAAGCGCUAUACCAACACAACACAGGAGGCUGCUGAGGGGAGGAUGGCUCAUAAUAACGUCUGGAACGGAGUGAAUGGAUGAGUUCGAUACCAUUUAAUUUAAUCUGUUCCAGCCAUUACUAUGAGCCCAUCCUCCUCAAUUAAGGUGCCACCAACCUCCUGUGCAACACAAACUAUUUGGCCUGAGUCAAUAACACUAACCUGCAGCGACUUCGGCUCAUGUAAAUUACACUAAUGCAUUGGUGACAGAUUGUGAAAGACCCCGCCAAAAGACAUUAGCAUGCUAUUAAGAUGAUGGAAACCCAGUGAAUUAGCGUUUAGCACUGCAUCGCUGCUCUAAAACACCCCAGAGAGAGGCCAGAGAGGGACGCUUAGACCCAGUGGUCCUCCAGAUGUUCCUGCCUAUCCGUCUUAAAGGCUCCAGCUGUAUCUGUGUUCCUUUAGGGGCUCUGUCUCAGAGUCUCUCCCCCGCCUCCUCAGCCAUUAGACAGCCUAAGUGAGACAGGGAAGAGUGAGAGGUUACCACCACAGCAUUGUGGAACCUGGCUGGAUGUCUCUGGUGGUUUCCUCCCUGGUUUGUGUCUCUGGGUCUAGAGCUAACUGUGACAGAGGUGCUUUAGAUCUGUCUCUAAAAGCCCUGUUACAGCUUCACCACUGAGGCUGAUGGUUUCCCUGGUAUGACUGUCUAACCUCUGACUGGGCUGUGUCAAAUACAAUCAGACUUUUAUCUUCACAGAGCAUUGAAUGAGAAUGAAACAUCUGGAUAGUAAGAUUAGAAAGCUAUAUUAAGGGACAGUUAAGGGGGGGGGGGGAGCACUCGAGGUGCGAUAAAAAAAUAUUUUCACAUGACCCUUGCCCCUCAUUGAAUUAACUCUAAAUAAUUUUUACAACCACAAAUAACAAUAAUUGUAGCGACCCUGUGUUUAUAAAUGUGAUAAGAUGCGACUGAUGUAAACGCAAUAGAUGUCAUACUGUCAGAUCAAUUGUUGAUUUUUAAUUUUUUAAAUUUUACCUUUAUUUAACUAGGCAAGUCAGUUAAGAACAAAUUCUUAUUUACAAUGACGGCCUACACCGGCCAAACCCGGACGACGCUGGGCCAAUUGAUGCGACAUAUCUCGUUGGGAUAAAUUCAUAGAUCAGUUAUUUUUUACUUGUGGAAAAAGUAUCUGUGAUCACCCAUAGAGUACAUGAAAGUAAUAUCAAUGUAGGUUUCUUUUAUAUAUUUGAUAUUAUAUUAAUACUAGCGACUCACACGAGAGCGCAUUAAGUGCUACCUUGCUGACAUCUCCACAUUGUCUUAGACGGGGCUCAAACAACAGGAUCACUGUCGCGCUGUAUUUUCAUUGAAGUGUUAAUGGUACCACUGCUACAUUGUUCUCUCUUUCUACGUUUCUUAUUGUUUGUUGAAUUGGUUUCCCCUUCCCUUCCCAUCUCUUCUCCCCAGUUGGCUCCUAUUUACCAGUAUCUGGAGAGGAGGAUGUUCAAGGAGGUCUAUCAGAUCUCCUGUCUGGGUGUGACUGACAGCAUCUGGCCACUGAUGCCCUGGAAGGGCUUGACUUUCACUGCUAAGAAGGUCAGACGAGAAUGUACUCGCACGGAAACACACUUUUUCUCUGCAAUGCUAGUGUUCAUCACUAGAUGGUGCAGCCUGAUGCUGUUAAUAUGAAGAACCUCUCUCAUGCUUGGUUGACCAGUGUGAGAAUAGCUGAAGGAUGUGGUGUGAGUGGAUUCUCUGGAUACUGUAAGACAGUGUUUCCCAACUCUGGUACUUGAGUACCCCCAACAGUACAUAUUUUUGUUUGUAAUCAUCAAGCCCUUGACAAGUUGAAUCGGGUGUUUUUGUCUGGGGCUACAACAAAAAUGUGUGCUGUUGGGGAUACGCGAGGAGUUCCCUUGUGUUUCUCUUUCUCAGGCUUUCAUCCGAGUACGAGACCUGUGCUACCUGGAGCUCAUCAACAGCAUUGAGGUACAAUAUGACACCGCUUAAAAUGAAUAAUGGAUUAGUCCAAAUGGUAUAAUUCCAAGAUCAAAGAGUUUGUCACUGUAGAAAACAGAACAGACCACAUAGCUUUAAUCAGGGUGGAUUUACUGGCUGACCAGAAAACUCCACAUCAUCAAAGCGAGACAGAGGAGGGGAAACUUGAGAUCGCAUGGGUUGCCCUCAUUAAGCAUUUCAUUACUGGCCCAGCAUAUGACUGUCCUCCCACAUACACAUACACAUACACAUACACAUACACAUACACAUACACAUACACAUACACAUACACAUACACAUACACAUACACACACGUGGACUCAGGCACGCAGUCACACACAAAGGGCUAGUAAAGGGAAGAAUGCGUUAUUUUAUGUGAACUGAACUGAUCUCCUGGGUAUAUUUAGGAAUAUAAAUACAUUCAUGUGUUUUCAUGGACAUUCUUUGUGGUAAGAUUAGACCUGCCUCGGGGGCUGCAGUUUGAAAAGGGAAAAGUCAGUCUUUGAUAGUAAUGUUAUUUUUUUGCAUGUUGAGGGUAGAUGUGGAAACAAUGGAUCAUUGAAUUCCACAAAAUAGGCUUUGUGUCUGUGUGUGUGCAUACUGUAUGGAAUACGUGAGACUAUGGGCGGACAGUCCAGGGUCAGACUAGGGUGAAACUUACUGAGCGGCUGAUAUUAGCUCAUCUCUCUCUUUCUUUGGCGAGAGCGACAGUGAGCUGUUCCUAGCGGAUGUCUAUGCCUACCAGGGGAAAUUCCACCAGGCUGCCAGGCUCUGCAAGAGGACUGGCUUGGACUCCAGAGUCUUCAGCAUGUUCACUGACCUGCACAUGUUUGAGUACGCUAAGGUGAGUAUGAGGACUGAUUGACUCACACACACUCUCAUACCCUAGAUCUGUACUCAUACCCUAGAUCUGUACUCAUACCCUAGAUCUGUACUCAUACCCUAGAUCUGUACUCAUACCCUAGAUCUGUACUCAUACCCUAGAUCUGUACAUGUUCAAGACAUUAGACAUUCACAUACAUAGACUUUCCAUAAAUGUUAUAAUAUGCCUAUACACCCACACACUCAUGCACAUUGCACACAGGCUUUACAUACAGUAUGUGAGACCUGUGCCUGUUUGAGUCAGCCAAGAUACUGUAGAUACACACACACACACACACACACACACACACACACACACAGGGGCUGUGGCUUUAAACAUGUUUCCAUGUGACACACAUACACAGUAAUAAUUGGUGGUGGGGCGUCAGUGUCAGUUGUUGGAUCUUAAUAAUUUUAUGAGGGGGUCAGUUGAAGUUGAGGCGAUCUCCUGUUAAGUGUGUUUAUGUGUGGAGUGGUCUUUGAUCACCAACUGUGUGUGUAUGUUCACAGUACUGAAGCAGAUGACACAGGCCUGACUCCUUUCCCCUCCCCUGGGUGUGUGUGUGUGUGUGUUUUGUGGCUGCUGUAUAUUUAUGUGGCUGUGUGAGCAUCUGGUCCUCGAGGCCGUUUGUUUUAGCGCUGGUGGACACCGGAGGGGGAAUCCUGGUCCUGUUUGUGUGACUCCAUGUCCCGCCUCUCCAGACCGUGACCCAGAUGGGCCUCUGUCUCUCUCUCUCCCUCUCUUUCUGUCCCUCUGUAGGAGUUUGUGGGUGUGAGAGACCCUAAGAACACUCACAUGCUGAUGUCCAAGCAGGCAGACUGGGCUAAGAACAGCAAGGAGCCGCAGGCCGCUGCUCAGAUGUACCUGUCUGCAGGAGAACACCGCAAAGCCAUCGACAUCAUAGGAGAACACGGCUGA